AUGGAUGCUAAUAUCCGGUUUGUAAGCAACACAGAGGACCGGCGACGUGUUCAGAAUCGCCUAGCCCAGCGAAAGUCCCGCGAGAGGAGGCGGAGGAUAGCAGACAAUGCUGCUCUAGAGACGCCUGAAGACCCGAAUGGAGCCUUUAGAGUACCAUCAAAAUCGACGUCAACAGUGCAAAUUGGGGACUUCCCGAUCAACUCUUUGACUUCGUUCACAAAUUCUCACCCUAGAGUGACAGGAGCUUUGUCUCCAAACGAAAUCCCGAUCGUCAGCACUGAGCCAGAGCCAAUAGACAACUUCAAUCUCCUUGAUAUUAAACAGCUCUGGGAUCAAAUCAACCACGAUCUCUCCUUCCCGCCGUCCAAUGUGCCGCCUGUCCAGCCAAGCUUGGCACCAGCGAAUUUCAUCCACAGCAAAUCACCCGGUCCUAGUUCACGCAGGACAUCCUCUAACAAUACAUCAAGCAGUUAUUCGAGUUCGCAUUCUCGAUCUGGAGAUAGCCCACCAGUAUAUCGCAGAACAUCCGAGCCAAAUAUUCUCCCGGAGAGCCCACAUCCGCAGUUACCCCAAUCUCGCAAUAACGAUAGGAUAUUGGGACUCAUUACAUCGGCCAGAGUUGACAAGGGAUGGAUGAGAAUGCUUCACAUCGCCGCUCAGAAGGGCCACGAGAGGAUUGUCCAAGUUCUUUUACUCUCUGGCAACAUUGAUGUAAACCAGCAAGAUAGCGACGGUCGGACACCCUUAAUACACGCGAUCAUUGAGAACCACGAUUCUGUAGUCCGCGUGCUACUCUCUCACGGUGCUCGAAUAGGCGUGUAUGAUCGUGAUGGUCGCUCGGCACUGCACUGGGCUGUUUUAUAUCAGCGGCGCGAGAUAUUCCAGCAAUUACUCGAGCAUCGCGCCAAGUAUGAAUUGAGCUUGGACCUUGAUGCGUACGACAAUGAUGGCUGGACCCCAUUGCAUAUGUCCGUGGAUAGAGCUUUCGAGACUGGAGUCUUGAUGCUCCUCCAGGGAGGCGCGGACAUCAACGCUAAAGUACACAAAUAUCCGUAUACGGGCAAUGCUGUGCCAUUGAUGGAUCAACAGCGAUAA